UAACACCAAGUGGCUCCAGAUCUCCUUGCCGCAUCCACAGAAACGCAUUCCGUACGUAAUAUGGACCGCUGCUGAAAACUCUCUGCAACACCACGAGAAUAAUAAGAGGGGCAGACAAUGCACUUACCGUUCCUUUGAAUUUCCGGUUGGAUCUUUUAAAGGUAAACGAGACGACGAUAACCCCGCGAUUCGGGAUUGCAUUCUGGUCCAGACUCUUAUCUCAUCCGCGAUCUACGCUUGAGGUGCCUGAAAGAUUUUCGAGUUCGCCCCAUCUCAACGCUUCAGUUUGCGCUACCUCUGACAUUAGGGCUAGAGAGCCGCUCUUUUCUUGUUAUCGCACCACCGAGAUAUCUCACUCUCUUUCCUGCCUUACUUGUCUUUCGUUAAGUGAGUGACUUGCCGUUUCACUCAAGUGAUCAUCUACAGUUGCAAACAUGGUUGCCGCCGAUGAUAUCAUCCCCGAACUGGCCGAGGGCCAGGCAGAGCAGUCAGUCCCCGAGUCGCGGGUCUUGAUUAUCAUGACUGGUGGUACAAUUUGUAUGCGACCAUCGCCAGCGGGGUUGGUGCCUGCUCGAGACUUCCAGGAGCAAUGCUUAGCGCGGGUGCCUACGUUCAACGAUGGAUCGCACUCGACAGUGAUGGAUGUCGUGACCAACGACGCCGGGGACAUCAAAGGCCACCCAAGUCUGCGAACCCCGAUGACGGCAUAUGGACGACGAGUGAGGUAUACCGUUUUUGAAUUCGAUGAACUGCUGGACAGUAGCUCUAUCGACGCCAAGGGAUGGGCACAAAUUGCGCAAACCAUUGAGCGAAACUACACAUAUUUCGAUGGGUUUGUGGUGCUGCAUGGAACAGAUAGUCUGGCAUAUACCUGCUCCGCACUGAGCUUUAUGCUGAAAAAUCUCGGAAAGCCUGUGAUUGUCACUGGAGCACAGGCUCCAAUGCUAGAGCUACAGAACGAUGCUACAGAUAACCUGCUGGGAUCGCUGGUUGUGGCUGGCCACUUCAUGAUACCUGAGGUCUGCCUGUAUUUCAACAACAAAUUGCUUCGUGGCAAUCGGUCCACCAAGGUAGCGGCAAGUGACUUCAAUGCAUUUAAUUCGCCCAAUUGCGCGCCGCUGGCUGUGACAACAUCGAUGCGCACGAAUGUCAACUGGGAAAUUGUAAACCGGCCUAAAAGCCUCGAACACUUUAGCAUCCAGACCAACCUAGACACCACUCAUGUCGCGUGCCUGCGCAUAUUCCCGGGUAUCAAGCCGGAGAUGGUGGAUGCAGUAUUGAAGCUGGAUGGUCUUCGUGGCCUGGUCUUGGAGACAUUCGGCGCCGGGAAUGCACCCCAUGGUCAAGACAAUGCCAUGACCAAGGUCUUUGCUGACGCGAUUUCUCGAGGAAUUGUCAUUGUCAAUAUCACCCAAUGUCUUACUGGCAGCGUCAGCGCAGUUUAUGCUACUGGAAUGAGCCUGUCCAAGGCUGGGGUAGUCGCAGGGUUGGACAUGACUACAGAAGCGGCACUGACCAAGCUUGCCUACCUGCUUGCGCUCCCCAGGGCAACACCCCAGGUGGUAGCAAACAAUAUGUCACUGUCGCUCCGUGGCGAAUUGACGGAGUCGUCGCAGCCAGUGUUCCGCCAUCCAGAUGGAGCUCUGCCCGAGCGAGUACAGGCGCUCACAGUCCUGGGAUACGCCAUUGCCCAGGGGGACCUUGCUCGGGUUGAGGAAAUUGUAAAGAGCGAGCACGAUUGGUUGCUGAACGAUGCCGACUAUUCCGGAAAUACUCCAGUGCAUCUUGCAGCGACCUCACCAUCGGUCGAUAUUCUGCGGUUCCUGCUCCUUCAGGGCGGGUCUGUGCAUCUACGAAACCGCAACGGACGCACCCCACUCUUCCUGGCGGCUAACGCUGGGCUGUCAGAGCACGUUCUUCUGCUUCGCAAGUCGGGAGCGCAUCUGCACUCAGACGAACGGACGGCAGCGCAGCUCCUCGCCCGACGGCGGCCCGGGACCUGGGGCCUGGCCGGUAUUGGGCCACGUGAAGUCAGUGACAGGGAGAUGGAGGAGGCAGGCGAUGGGUACCGCGCGGGGUCGUCGCACUGGCCGAUGGCAGGAUCAGCGCCUUGACAUACCAUUAAUGAAUGAUUGACCCCAGGAUUAUUACAGCAGCGAUAGACUACGAAGUUAUGCUUGCAUGGAGUAGAAUUAUGCAUUUCUUGUUUGCUUCCGAUUCUGUAUGAAUAGACAGGGUUCCUCACCGAAAGUCGGGGUAUGCAUGGCAGGCACGAGGCGAAGACGAUAUAGUACCAAAAUUAGCGAACUCUCUGGAAGCAUUGCUGGGUGAUCUGGUAGGGAUCGGGGUCUGAACCGGCGGGACAGCCGAGCGUGCAGAGAGUGACCUCAUGAAACUGAAAGGCUCAUGGAACUGGAAUCACGGGCUCCUACCCGGCAGGCCAGGCUAGCCCCAAAGAGGUUAAUCAGGGCGUGCCCCUCCCGCGGAGAUGGUUGAUGCUCCGAGCGAGAGCUAUCCCCGCCUCCAGAAUU